UGGGUGUCCUCAAUAUUUCCAUGAAUUUCAGUUACUAUUUGUUGUAAUGGAUUUUAAAGGAUUUUAAUGGAUUUCAAUCGUAAAACAUUCGACCCCCCUCGUAUUUGAAAAUCAUCAUAACUUAUGUAGUGGCUUGGUAAGCUGCUUCUCUCCUUGUGUGUCAUUUUUUUUAUCACAGCUCCUUACUGUCUUGCAUGGUGCGAGAGUUUGGUGGUAGCCGCUUCGGAAGUCAAGAUAGCCAUGACAAGAUAUGGAUAUGCACUUUUUAUGGGUGUUUUUUCCCUUCGCAUAUGAUAGUGGGUGUCCAAUCACACCUUCACGGCGGAAAGGGCAUAUGGGGUUUGAGUGAUGCGAAUGAGAGGAAACUGGAGAGUGGUUAAUUUUGGGGAUAGUUAUAGCAGUAGCGGCGACGCUCCACAGCGCAUCGUUAAUUUUGGGGAUAGUUCUAGCAGUAGCGGCGGCGCUCCACAACCCAUCGUUAAUUUUGGGGAUAGUUCUAGCAGUAGCAGCGGCCCACUACAGCGCAUCCUUAAUCUUGGGGAUAGUUCUAGCAGUAGUAGCGGCCCUCCACAGCGGAUCGUGAAGGUGCAGAGAAUCGGGGAUUCAAAUUCCAUGGAUUUAUGGGGGUUUCAAAUUCCAUGGAUUUCCUUAUGAAUCUCACACAUUAUAUAUAAUUCUAUAAAAAUCCAUUAAAACCUAUAGAAAGAAUUCGAGGAGAUAUUUGCGGGCUAAUUGCUCCUCCGAGUUGAUCCUUUCGAUAUUUUGUGGUGCUCAUUGAUGCAUCAACACGUUGGCCGCAUAUCGACUAUGAAUUUUGCAUUUGCAAAACUCCUUGCUCAAUCAUUCGUUUGAGAUCACAAUUUCCGGAUUAUUUAAUAAAUAAAAUCCGACUUGAUAAUGCAGAAGAAUUUAAUUCACAAUCUUUUAGUGACUAUUUCAUGUCAAUUGGGAUUGAUGUGGAACAUCAUGUUUCAC